AUGGGGAAUAAACAGACCAUCUUUACAGCACAGCAGCUAGAUGCUUAUCAGGUAGGUGGCACUCCUCUUUCUUUUUAAACAAUGCUUCUCUUGUUAAUAUUAGCUAUCAACAUAAGAAAACGAAACACAGUUUGUGAGACUGUUUUAUGAACAAACAGAGGAUCAGCGAGAUGUGGGUGUGUGUUGAACUAAGUCAGAGCCUUUCCUGACCAUAUUGUAAAUCCAUUUUAUUUAGAUUUUAAUGUUACAUAAGUAUUUUAUUACUAUAACAUAUGAUGCAAAGCACAAAGAAGAAAAACAUAAAAAUAAAAUGCUACUAUAAACCACUCUGCAUGAUAAGUUUACCAGUAUUAUAUUAUUUACAAUGAUUUACCCUGACGUUAUCUGUUUUUGUAGGAUUGUACGUAUUUUACAAGAAAAGAAAUUCUCAGGUGAGCCAAAUAUUUGGUGUUAUAGCUCAUGAGACGUUGCCAGUAUCAUAUGCACGUUGGUCUAUUUUGCAAUGUACUACACUGUAACUUUAAACUACAGUAGCUGUGGACCAGCUCUACUGUGGGCUAGGCUACAGGAGAUCACAUGGUUUUUCAAAUCUUGUGUUUACAUCUUUUUUUACUGCUGUAACUUAUCUGACUGUUACUGUUUCAACUGGUGACCACAAUUCUGGAGAAAAAUAGAGAUAACAUCUGAAAUAUCAUGCACAACAGAAUAAAUUUAAAAUAAAAAUACUCUGUGAUAUAAUACUGAAAGUUAAUAUUUCAAACCUUUCUCAGGCUGUUCUAUCGCUAUCGAGAUUUGGCACCGCAGCUCGUUCCCCUUGACUACACCAGCCACCCAGAUGUGAAGCUACCGUAUGAGCUGAUUGGCAGCAUGCCCGAGUUGAAGGUAGACCCACUGGUCCACACACACCCUGCAGACCCGCUCUCUCCCUGUGUUCCCAAUCCAUAAUUAAUGGCCAACUAAUCGACAGAAUUCUUUGAAAGGUUAUACGUUACCCGACUCCUUUAAACUUGGAGAAUGCUGGUGAGUCCCUCAGGGCACUCUAGUUGGAAAUGGGUCAAUUAAAUGCCUCUUUACACAAUGACUGUAAGGUAAACAGGAGUGCCAACACACAGGUCACUGACCUGACCUCAGAGAGGGAGAGUUAAACCAAGGAGAUCACACUUUACCUCAUCCUUAAUCCUUUCCCAGAUGGUGGUGGUGAUGUUGUUGACAGUAGCUUUGACAAAACAGGCAAAUGAUGAAAGUAAAGAAAAAAAGACAAUUAUUGAGCUCAGAAAAGUCAUCAGACACAACAAGCAAGCUGCAACGACUGACCACGCUGAAUUAUUCACUGUUAUAACUAGCAGCUGACCGGUGUCCCUAAAUUGCAGGACAACCCGUUUCGUCAGAGGAUCGCUGAGGUUUUCUCUGAAGAUGGAGAGGGAAACAUGACACUGGACGACUUCUUGGACAUGUUCUCGGUCCUGAGUGAAAUGGCGCCGCGUGAUCUCAAGGCUUACUACGCCUUCAAAAUCUACGGUAAAAUACCCUAAGUACAAAUGAUAGCUGUCUUUUACAUUCAAAAGCUUUCUUGCUUUAUCCAAAAAAGAAAAAUAAUUCAGUGGUUGCUGAAAAGUGACCACUUCAUUUGCUUCAAACUGAACUAAAGCUUGAACUCUUGAUAUCAAGAUAAGCAUUUAGCAUGAAUAUUACACCUUAAAAGUAAAUAUUUGAUGUUAAAUAUGAUAUAAGCUCCCUGCACAUGGAAAUACACUUCCUUUUGUAUACCAAUCUGUGAAAUCACUAGUUCUACGUCUGUUACAGCUGUGUUUACCAUGCUAUUCAACAGGCACGGUCAACUGAUGGUCAUUUACAAGUAAAUAUUGCAAAAUCUGCAAUAGUCUUAACAUAUCAUAAUACUUACAUGUUUAAAGACUCUUUUGGGGCUGUUAAAAGAAAUAAUAGAGCUAAAAUGUAAAUGAGCAUCAACAGGUACCCCAAAAUCCCCCAAACUUUGAUUCAAAGUCGUAUUUUCAUCUACAGGUUUAAUUAGCUGUGUAUAAACUGGAAAAAUGUCAGAUUUUAUCAUGGUUUAAGUCAAGGAAGCAUGGAGAAGGGCACAGGAGCAUUAACCAUGAUGGAUGGUGCAUGGACUGUCAUUAAUGAUUAAUCAGCCCAUUAUAGAGGCAAAGAGCUUUUCAAAGCCCACUAUGUGCCGGGCACUAAGGUCCCCCCUAAUUAACACACGCUAACAGAUGAAGAAGUUACGUACACAUCAACAUGGUCAUGGUUCAAAGGAACUUCUCAUUCAUCAUUUAGACCUAUAGAGAAGAUAUACAACCCAAUGUCUGGCCCCUUGUGUUGGGGGGCUGUAAUCCUUCGCUCGAAGGAACACGGAGCAUGUUAAGGGGACUUACAGGUCAGGUCCACUCUGACUGCCUGUAACCAGGCUGUGACAAAUGAAGCAGGGGCAGCUAUUACCUGUUGGGUCAAGUAAAGACUACAAAAGCUGCUUUUAUUGGUAAAUACAGCUGUAAAGGUUUCAAUGACAGAGAGAAACUAAUGAGGAUUAAAUGCUCGAAGUUGUGCAACAAUGAGAGUUAAAACAUUCAAACUUCACCACUAAAUAUGAAGCUUCAAAUAAGGUAAAUAAGUUAUUAUUGCAGCAACCUGUUGCUUCUUUCCCCCCAACCACAUUAUUCAAAAUCCUUAGAUCAUAGGCAUUAAGUUGAACUUUGUUAAGGGUGAAAAAACCCCAGCAAUUUUAUGCAUUUUUGCCUGGACACAUUUCAAAACAUUUGCCUCAUCAGUCGUUUAAUUAAUCUAAUUUUACCAUUAAUAUCUCUCAUAUUUUCUGCAAGAUUUCAACAAUGAUGACUUCAUCUGUAAGUCUGACCUGGAGAAAACGCUGAACAAACUGACGCGUAAUGAGCUGACGGAGGACGAGGUGAGGAUGGUGUGUGAGAAAGUGAUUGAUGAGGCUGACCUGGACAACGACGGACGUCUGUCUCUUGAGGACUUCCAGCACAUGAUAGUUCGGGCGCCAGACUUUCUCAGGUGGGUCAGCAGGCGGUGAUCUAAAACCUGAGCUAUAAACAACAAAUGGGGAUAACAUUUUUGGUUGUAGAUGGAUGAUUGUUUUAACUGUUUGCUUUUCUCUUGAUCUAUUCUUUUUUUGCAGCACCUUCCACAUACGGAUAUGA